AUGCCCAAGAAAGCCAUCGAUGCGCGUAUUCCUGCCUUGAUCCGCAAUGGCAUGCUGGAGAAGAAACGCUCCUUCUUCGUCGUUGUCGGCGAUCGCCAGAAGGACGUCAUUGUCAAUCUGUACCACAUUCUGCUCAACCUCGACAUCAAGCUAAACAAGUCUGUGCUAUGGGCCUACAAGAAUAAGCUACUCGGGUUCUCGUCGCAUCGGAAGAAGCGCGAGAAGAAGAUUAAGAAGGAGAUCAAGCGAGGCACGCGCGAUGUGCAUUCGGAAGACCCCUUCGAGCUGUUCGUCAGCACCCAGAAUAUCCGAUAUGUCUACUACAAGGAGACUGAGAAGAUCCUCGGAAAUACAUACGGCAUGUGCAUCCUGCAAGACUUUGAGGCCAUCACGCCAAACCUGCUCGCGAGAACCAUGGAGACGGUGGAAGGUGGGGGGCUGGUUCUGCUGUUGCUGAAAGGCAUGAACAGCUUGAAGCAGCUCUACACCUUGAGCAUGGACAUCCAUUCGCGGUACCGCACUGAGGCGCAUGGAGAUGUGGUGGCGAGAUUCAACGAGCGAUUUAUCUUAAGUCUGGGAAGCUGCGAGAGUUGCUUGGUCAUCGACGAUGAGAUGAAUGUGUUGCCCAUCUCUGGAGGCAAGAACGUGGUGGAGAAGCAGCCGAGUGAUGAGACGGAGAAACAGAAAUCGAGCAAGGAGCUGGAAGAGAUCAAGGAGACUUUGGAGGACACAAAGCCGGUUGGCGAUCUGGUCAAGAUUGCCAAGACGGUCGACCAGGCUAAGGCGCUCAUGACCUUUGUCGAGGCCAUCGCCGAGAAGACCCUGGCAAGCACAGUGACUUUGACUGCCGGACGCGGUCGUGGCAAAUCCGCUGCGCUUGGUAUGGCUAUCGCUGCAGCUAUUGCGCAUGGCUACGGCAACAUCUUCAUCACCUCACCGUCGCCUGAGAAUUUGAAGACGCUCUUCGAAUUCGUCUUCAAAGGAUUCGAUGCGCUUGGCUACCAAGAUCAUUUGGAUUAUACUAUCAUCCAGUCCACCAACCCGGAUUUCAACAAGGCCAUUGUCCGUGUCAACGUGCAUCGUUCUCAUCGUCAGACUAUCCAGUACAUUCAGCCUCAAGAUGCCUACACUCUUGGGCAAGCCGAGCUCUUGGUCAUCGACGAGGCUGCGGCCAUUCCUCUGCCACUUGUAAGAAAGUUGAUGGGUCCAUAUCUUGUGUUCAUGGCAUCCACCAUCAACGGCUAUGAGGGGACUGGUCGCUCACUUUCGCUCAAGCUCAUUCAGCAGCUGCGUGAGCAGUCACGAGGGGGCAUCAAGCCAAUCGGUCAGGGCAAAAUAACGAGUCGUGAAGACUCGAAGAAGGAAGAUCUGCCACCUCGGACCUCUCGAUCACUGCGUGAGAUCACUUUGGCCGAGCCAAUUCGUUACGCAGCUGGCGACGGCGUCGAGAAAUGGCUGAACAAAGUGCUAUGCCUCGAUGCGACCCUCCCACGCCAGACCAAUCUUCAGGGCACGCCACAUCCAUCGAAGUGCGAGCUUCUGCAAGUCAACCGAGACACGCUGUUCUCGUUUCACCCGGUCAGUGAGAAGUUCUUGCAGAACAUGAUGGCGCUAUAUGUCGCAUCACACUAUAAGAACACACCCAACGACUUGCAGCUCAUGUCAGAUGCGCCUGCACACCAGCUAUUUGUUCUCGUGCCGCCAGUGUCAGAAGAUACCAAUCGGCUUCCGGAAAUUCUGUGCGUGCUGCAAGUGUCUCUCGAAGGACAGAUCAGUCGCGAAAGCGUGCUUAGCAGCCUUUCGAGAGGUCAGAGAGCAGGUGGAGAUCUCAUCCCAUGGUUGGUCAGCCAGCAGUUCCAGGACUCUGAUUUCGCUGGCCUCAGCGGCGCGCGUGUGGUGCGGAUAGCGACGAAUCCAGACUACGCCAGCAUGGGAUAUGGUUCUAGGGCUUUACAACAGCUUACCGAAUUCUACGAAGGCAAGCAUAUCAAUCUUGACGAGUCAGAAGCCAAGGCUGCUAUCCACGAGCAGGAGAUGGUCCGUGUUACAGAUGCGGAGCUAGAGCAAGCCAGCCUUCUUGCAGACAAUGUCAAAGUCCGUGACAUCAAGAGCAUGCCGCCAUUAUUUGCUCGUCUUUCAGAACGCAAGCCAGUGGCACUUGACUAUCUGGGCGUGUCAUAUGGACUUACUCAGCCGCUGCACAAGUUCUGGCAACGAGCUAGCUUCGUGCCCGUAUAUCUUCGCCAGACGGCUAACGAACUGACCGGCGAGCACACCUGCGUCAUGCUCCGCACUCUCCAGACUGGCUCAUCCGACCCAAGCUGGCUAGGCGCAUACGCAAAGGACUUCCAUCGCCGCUUCAUGAGCCUGCUUUCCUACCAGUUUCGCACGUUUGGCAGUGUCCAAGCACUUGCAAUCGAUGAAUCGGCGAAUAAAGGCGUCGCUUUGCUGGAGGAGUCUGAUAAGGCUCGUCCACUGACGAAACAUGAGCUCGAUGACCGCCUUUCCCCAUUCGAUAUCAAGCGCCUAGACUCCUACGCAAACAACAUGCUCGACUACCACGUCAUUCUAGAUCUCAUGCCAAUCAUUGCGGAACUCUACUUCUCGGGCCGCAUUAAGGAUGAGAAUGGAAUCCAGCUCAGUGGUGUGCAGAAAGCGCUCAUCUGUGCCAUCGGGCUGCAACGCAAAGUUUUAGAGGACUUGGAGAGAGAGCUUGGUCUCUCGGUCUCACAGCUUUUGGCCAUGUUUGUCAAGGUCAUCCGAAAGGUGAGCUCCUACUUCCGACAGCUACAGACUGGAGCUAUCGAGGCCACUAUGCCGAAAGCACAAACGAAUGGCGGUGCGAGGCCAGAUCGGGACGACCACGAUGGAAUUGAUCCCGAUGAAGUUCGCCGUGAGCUCCAAGCUGAUCUUGACGAUGGUGCCAAGCAGUUUGAUGAAGAUGAGCGUGAGCGAAAUCGGAAAAUGAUCGAUAGCCUUGACAUGGAGAAGUAUGCUAUCAAUGAAAAGGCAGAUUUCGGUGACGCGGAGAAGCAAGUCGAAGAUGCUACGAAGAAAGGAAGAUCGAUUUCGAACGUGGCGGUCAAGUCUGGCAAAGGCGUGGAAGAGAAGAAGAGGAAAGCAGGAGAAGCUCUUGCUGAGGCGCAAAAGGAGGCCGAAAGGGCUAGUGGGAAAAAGAUGAAGAAGAGCAAGCGAUGAUAGGCUUGCUUGAAGCAACUCAAUUCCGGCUGCAAAACUUCAUAGAGGUAGAGGAGAUUUGGCAUGUCGAUACCCUGUAAAUGUAAUGAACUUUGAUGGAGCAGAUUAAGAGCGGCAAUGUCACAAAAAUGAUAAAAUAUGGUUCC